AUGGGUAGUUUACCAGCCACUAGGUUAAAUGCUACAACUCGCGCAUUUACAAAUGUUGGAGUCGACUAUUGUGGACCAUUCCAUGUAAAGGAAACGAAAUAUCGCAACCGUGUGGCCAUCAAGGUCUACGUAGCAGUAUUUGUUUGCCUAGCAGUUAAGGCUGUACACUUGGAAGUCGUGAGUGACUUGACAACUGAAGCCUUCAUUGGAGCAUUGCGGCGAUUCAUUGGUAGGAGGGGAAGACCAGUUAUCAUACAAUCAGACAAUGGGACCAACUUCGUCGGCGCUAACAACGAAUUAAAGAAAAUAGUGGCAGCACUUCAAACACCAAAAAGCAAUGAUGAAAUUGCUUCAGAACUUAGCGGAAAGGGGAUCGACUGGCGAUUCUCUCCAGCACUAUCUCCACAUUGUGGAGGAAUUUGGGAGGCAGCAGUCAAAUCAUUCAAACACCAUCUAAAGCGAGUGAUGGGCACACAAUUACUCACGUUGGAACAUUUUACAACACUUACGGUAGAAAUCGAGGGCUUCCUCAAUUCUCGACCACUAUGUCCUAUCUCUAAUGAUCCAAAUGAUUUGAUGACAUUAACUCCUGGUCAUUUUCUGAUCGGAGAAAGGCUCACCAGUCUACCAGAAUACAACCUUCAAGAAAUUAAAACCAACCGGCUGUCCCAAUGGCAGCACAUUCAAAAAAUGCGCCAAGAUUUUUGGAAUCGCUGGUACAAAGAGUAUCUCAAUGAACUCAACAUCAAGAAAAAAAGGGAGCUCUGGAGAACAUGA